AUGGCCCGGCACCCCGUCUUGUACCUCAUCCUGCUGAGUGCUCUGAUCGACAAGAGCCGAGCCUGCUUCUGUGAUCAUUUCCCGUGGAGUGAGUGGUCCAGCUGCUCAAAGACCUGCGACACUGGAACUCAGACCAGGUUUCGACGAGUAGUCAUGAAUAAUUACUACGUGGAGAACUCCUGUGGCCAGCUGUGCACGUUCGAGGAGACCAGAGAAUGUAACUGGAAAGCUUGUCCUAUCAACUGCCUCCUGGGAGAUUAUGGGCCAUGGUCAGACUGUGACCCUUGUGUUAAAAAACAGUUUAAGGUUCGAUCUAUUAUACGCCCCAGUCAGUUUGGAGGACAACCGUGUACGGGGCCCCUGGUGAAUUCCCAACCAUGCAUUCCAACUAAACUUUGCAAGAUCGAAGAGAUCGACUGCAGUAAUAAAUUCCGUUGUGACAGUGGCCGCUGCAUCGCGCGCGCGCUGGAGUGCAACGGGGACAACGACUGCGGGGACCUGUCCGACGAGCGGGGCUGUGGCGGCAGGGCCGCGGCCUGCUGGCGGAGGUAUACGCCCGUCCCUAAGGUCAACGUGAUGAGCAACGGGUUUAAUGUUCUGGCAGGAGAGCCCAGAGGAGAAGUCCUUGAUCACUCUGUCAUUGGAGGCAAAUGUAGAACUGUCAAAAGCAGCAAUGCAAGUAACCCUUACUGGGUUUCGGCUAUUCUGGAAAAUGUCAACUUUGAGGUAGAGACUAAAGAGGAUGAUUUGAAAACAGAUUUCUACAAGGAUUUAACUUCAUUUGAAAAGACUAAAAAUAAAAAAAACUCCGAAUGGAGCACAGUGAACAGUGGGUUUCGAGUGCCGAUUUUUUAUUCCUCGAAGCAACAGCAGUACUCCAGCCAGAACUCUGCCUUCAAACAAGCCAUUCAAGCCUCCCACAAAAAGGACUCCAGCUUUAUUCGGGUCCAUAAAGUGAUAAAAGUCUUAAGCUUCUCGAUGAAAAAAAGUAAGGACCUGCCGCUCUCCAAUGUCUUUUUUGAAGCGCUCAGCCACCUGCCUCUGGAAUACAACUAUGCUGUGUACAGCCAGAUAUUCGAGAACUUCGGGACUCACUAUUUCACUUCGGGCUCCCUGGGAGGCAUGUAUGACGUCCUCUAUCAGUACAGCCGCGAGGAGCUGGAGAACUCGGGGUUGACAGAGGAACAAGCUCAAAAUUGUGUCCGGAUUGAAACAACAAAACGCAUUCUCUUUGUUAAAAAAAAAAAAGUGGAACACCGGUGCACCAACAACAGGAUGUCAGAGAAAUACGAAGGUUCGAUGUUGCAGGGAGCAGAGAAAUCCAUCUCCAUGGUUCAAGGCGGGAGGAGUGCUUACUCGGCAGCUUUGGCGUGGGAGAAGGGGGCCUCUGGCCCCAACCAGAAGGUCUUUUCUGACUGGUUAGAAUCAGUGAAGGAUAAUCCUGCUGUGAUUGACUACAAGCUGGCUCCCAUCACGGACUUAGUAAGAAACGUCUCCUGUGCGGUGACAAGACGGAACAACCUCAGGAGAGCUUUGGAGGAAUAUGCAGCCAAGUUCGACCCCUGCCAGUGUGCUCCGUGUCCUAACAACGCCCGUCCCACACUCUCGGGGACCGAGUGCCUGUGUGUGUGCCAGAGCGGCACCUACGGGGACAGCUGUGAGAGGCGCUCCCCGGAUCACACAUCUGAUGCGGUCGACGGGCACUGGGGCUGCUGGUCUUCCUGGAGCCACUGCGACGCCACCUACAGGAGAUCGCGGACCCGACAAUGCAACAACCCCGCCCAGCGACGAGGAGGGGCGCCCUGCGAGGGGGACCGUCGGCAAGAGGAGCACUGCUCAAUUUCGAUAAUGCAGAGCGAUGGACAAGUAUGUAUCAAUGAUGAUGAAUAUGUAAAAGAAGUAGACCUUCCUGACAUAGAAUCAGAUACAGGAUGUCUUCAGCCAGUUCCUCCGGAAUAUGGAUUUAUUCGCAAUGAGAAGAAAGUGUACUCAGUUGGGGAAGAUGCUGAAGUGGCAUGCUAUACCGGAUUCAAACUUGUCGGGUACCAGUACUUCCGCUGCUUACCAGACAGGACCUGGAGACAAUUAGAUGUGGAAUGCCAACGGACACAGUGCCUCAAGCCAGUUGUGCAAGAAGUUCUGACGCUCUCGCCGUUUCAGAAAUCAUAUAAAAUUGGUGAAACCAUCGAGCUGACCUGUCCCAAUGGCCUUGCUGUUUCCGGGCCGUCGAGGUACACGUGCACUGAGGGUUCCUGGACCCCGCCCAUCUCAGACUCACUCACCUGUGAAAAUGAUAUCCUGAGCAAAUUAAAGGGCCGUUGUGCAUUAGGACAGAAAGAAGUGCGAUCUGGAUGCAUUUGCUUGUCUCCGGAAGAAGACUGUAGCCGUUACUCAGAAGAUCUCUGUGUGUUUGAUGCAGACUCCAGUAAUUACUUUACUUCGCCAGCUUGUAAGUUUUUGGCCAAGAAAUGUUUAAAUGCUGAGCAAUUCUACUUUCUACAUAUUGGUUCCUGCCAAGAAGGUCCACAAUUAGAAUGGGGUCUUGAAAGGACAAAGCUUUCAUUCAACAGCACCAAGAAAGAAUCCUGUGGCUAUGACACCUGCUACGACUGGGAAAGAUGCUCAGCCUCCACAUCCAGAUGUGUCUGCAUGUUGCCCAACCAGUGCAUCAAGGGUGGAGACCAACUCUACUGUGUCAGAGUGGGAUCGUCGAUGAGCAGUAAGACAGUGAAUAUCUGUGAACUGGGAACUGUAAGAUGUGCCCACAGGAGAGUGGAAAUACUGCACCCUGGAAAGUGUUUGCCCUAA